AGAAAUAAUCUGACGUAAUGAAGUUCACAGGAAUAUUUUUGCUGCUGAUGCUCUGGCAGUGCGAGGGAGCCAGAGUCGCAGAAAGCAGAGACGAUAAUAGUGUGUACGACCUGUUUGAGCUCGUGCAAGUCCACAAGAAGAACCAUGGCGUGAAUUUGGUCAAAGGAGAAGACCCGUACAGCCCCGCUUACAAGAUCCUGAACCCGGACCUGAUCCCCCCUGUUCCCGAGACGUCCUUCAGGGACAUAAUUGAUGCCAUCCAUGCAGAGAGGGGAUUUCUCCUGCUGGCCAAUUUCAAGCAAUUCAAGCGGACUCGGGGAAGCAUCUUGACCGUGGAGAAACAAGACGGGUCCGGACCCAUAUUCGAAAUCAUCUCCAACGGCAAGGCUAACACUCUGGACAUAGUUUACUCUACUGAGAACAAGCAACAGGUGGUGUCCAUCGAGGAUGUGGACUUAGCGACUGGCCAGUGGAAGAACAUCACUUUGUUCGUUCAGGAGGAACGGGCACAGUUGCAUGUGGGCUGUGAAGAAAUCAAUACAUCCGAGAUGGACGUGCAGAUCAACAGAAUCCUGACACAGGAGGUUCCGGGCGUUGCACGCCUGCGGAUCGGCAAGGCAGCGGUGAAGGAUAGAUUCAUGGGGGUGCUCCAAAACGUGCGUUUUGUUUUUGGAACUACUUUGGACGCGAUUUUAAGGAACAAAGGAUGCCAAAGCUCCCCUAUGACCGAUACCAUUAUAUUGGACAUUCCAGUCAAUGGGUCCAGCCCAGCAAUUAGAACUGACUAUACCGGCCACAAGACUAAAGAUCUAAUGACUGUCUGUGGGUUUUCCUGUGAGGAUCUGGCCAGUAUGUUCAAGGAGCUCAAAGGCCUUGGUGUAGUGGUGAAACAGCUGUCCAAUGAGCUCCGCAAAGUGACUGAAGACAAUAACUUGAUUAUGAACCAAAUUGGGAUCCACAGCGGUGUCUGUCUCCACAACGGCAUCGUGCAUAAGAACAAGGAUGAGUGGACAGUGGAUGACUGUACUGAAUGCACGUGCCAGAAUUCUGCUACCGUGUGCCGGAAGGUGUCCUGCCCUCUGAUCCCUUGUGCCAAUGCCACUGUGCCAGACGGGGAGUGCUGUCCACGCUGUGGAACACCGAGUGACUAUGCCGAGGAUGGCUGGUCCCCCUGGUCAGAGUGGACGCAUUGCUCUGUCACCUGCGGAAGAGGAGUGCAGCAACGUGGCCGGUCCUGCGAUCGCAUCAAUAAUAACUGCGAGGGAACAUCUGUGCAGACGAGGGACUGCUACUUACAGGAAUGCGACAAGCGCUUCAAGCAGGAUGGCGCUUGGAGUCACUGGUCCCCCUGGUCCUCAUGCUCUGUCACCUGUGGAGUGGGUCUCAUUACCCGCAUCCGCCUCUGCAACUCACCCACCCCGCAGAUGGGAGGCAAGAGCUGCCAGGGCGAGGGGAGGCAGACAGAGAAGUGCCAGCAGUCCUCGUGCCCGAUCAAUGGCAACUGGGGACCUUGGUCUCCAUGGGACACUUGCACUGUUACCUGCGGGGGAGGUGUCCAGUCCCGCAAGCGUCUCUGUAAUGACCCCCCACCUAAGCAUGGGGGCAAGGAGUGCAUGGGAGAUGCCAAGGCAACGCAGCGGUGCAACAAGAAGGACUGCCCCGUUGAUGGCUGUCUGUCCAAUCCCUGCUUCCCCAGCACCAAGUGUACCAGCUUCCCUGAUGGCUCAUGGAAAUGUGGCGCCUGCCCUUCUGGCUACAAGGGCGAUGGUGUCAAGUGCAAGGACAUCAACGAGUGCAAAGAGGUGCCAGAUGCCUGCUUUUCAUUCAACGGAGUCCACAGGUGCGAGAACACAGAGCCGGGCUACAACUGCCUGCCGUGUCCACCACGCUACUCUGGCCCUCAGCCCUACGGAAGAGGAGUGGAGGACGCCACCUCCAAGAAACAGGUCUGCACUCCCCGCAAUCCCUGCAUCGAUGGGAGCCACGACUGCAACAAGAACGCCCGCUGCAACUACCUGGGCCACUUUUCUGACCCCAUGUUCCGUUGCGAGUGCAAGCCAGGCUAUGCUGGGAACGGACAUAUCUGUGGGGAGGACUCAGACCUGGAUGGCUGGCCCAACGAGGACCUGGAGUGUGUUGAGAAUGCCACAUACCACUGCAAGAAGGACAACUGCCCCAACCUUCCCAACUCUGGGCAGGAGGACUACGACAAGGACGGUAUCGGUGAUGCUUGCGAUAACGAUGACGACAAUGACGGGAUCCCUGAUGACCGGGACAACUGCCAGUUCAUCUUCAACCCCAGGCAGUACGAUUAUGAUCGUGAUGAUGUGGGAGACCGCUGCGACAACUGCCCCUAUAAUAGCAACCCCGACCAGACUGACACGGACAACAAUGGCGAGGGGGAUGCGUGUGCCGUUGACAUCGAUGGAGACGGUAUACUUAAUGAGAAAGACAACUGUCCCUAUGUCUACAACGUUGACCAGAGAGACACAGACUUGGAUGGAGUUGGAGACCAGUGUGACAACUGCCCACUUGAACACAAUCCAGACCAGCUCGAUUCAGACUCAGAUAGAGUGGGAGACAAGUGUGACAGCAACCAGGACAUCGACGAGGAUGGUCACCAAAACAACCUGGACAACUGCCCCUACAUCCCCAACGCCAACCAGGCCGACCAUGACAAGGACGGCAAGGGAGAUGCCUGCGAUCAUGAUGACGACAAUGACGGCAUCCCUGAUGACAAAGACAACUGCAGGCUGGCCUUCAACCCAGACCAGCUGGAUUCUGAUGGCGAUGGGCGUGGUGAUGCUUGCAAAGAUGACUUUGACCAAGACAACGUGCCUGAUAUCUAUGACGUCUGCCCUGAGAACUUCGACAUCAGCGAGACGGACUUCCGCAAGUUCCAGAUGGUACCGCUGGAUCCUAAGGGCACAUCGCAGAUUGACCCCAACUGGGUGGUUCGGCACCAGGGCAAAGAGCUGGUGCAGACUGUCAACUGUGACCCUGGUAUUGCUGUUGGUUUUGAUGAGUUUAAUGCUGUGGACUUCAGUGGGACCUUCUUUAUAAACACGGAUCGGGAUGACGACUAUGCUGGCUUUGUGUUUGGCUAUCAGUCCAGUGCUCGUUUCUACGUGGUGAUGUGGAAGCAGAUCACACAGACCUACUGGUCCAACACGCCCACCAGGGCGCAGGGAUACUCGGGCCUCUCCAUCAAGGUGGUCAACUCUACCACCGGUCCCGGGGAGCACCUAAGGAAUGCCCUUUGGCACACGGGCAAUACUCCAGGACAAGUCCGCACACUGUGGCACGACCCUAAGAACAUUGGCUGGAAGGAUUUCACUGCCUACAGGUGGCACCUGACACACAGACCAAGGACAGGACACAUCAGAGUUGUCAUGUAUGAAGGUAAGAAGAUCAUGGCUGACUCUGGAAGCAUCUAUGAUAAAACGUACGCAGGUGGAAGACUAGGGCUGUUUGUCUUCUCCCAGGAGAUGGUGUAUUUCUCAGACCUGAAGUAUGAAUGCAGAGAUACGUAAUUGCACGGAUGGGAGGCUCUUUGAAGAAUGCACAUUUCUGUAUUAAUAUGAUGGGAAAGCGAUCUCUCUCAGAAAAAACCUGCGUGGGACCGACUCCCAGCAAACACCUCUGCACUUCCACACCCUCUGCUCUCUCUUUCUCUCUUACUGGAGCUCCCCAUGGAAGGACUGAGCAGCUCCUCCCUCUG